CUGGGGAGGCAGAGCUGGAGUGGGUGAUGCUCUCGUUACCUCUGUGACCGGAUCCUGCUGGAACCACACCAUGGAUGGGGGCAAGCAGCUAAAGGUCACCCUUGUUUUCAGCCUGCCGUUCGUUUUUCAGUUCUGUGCCGGGGACAAUGUCACUGAUUACUACGACUCCAACAGCACCAUUGACUACAGCAUGUUCGAGUCCCUGUGUGAGAAGGAGGAGGUCCGAAACUUCCGUGCUGCCUUCCUCCCGGCCAUGUACAGCAUCAUCUGCCUCAUGGGGCUGCUGGGGAAUGGGCUGGUCGUGCUCACCUACAUCUACUUCAAGAGGCUGAAGACCAUGACAGACAUCUACUUGCUGAACCUGGCUGUGGCAGACAUCCUCUUCCUGCUGACCCUUCCCUUCUGGGCCACGAGCGCGGCCACGCACUGGCUUUUUGGGAGCUUGGCCUGCAAAGCUGUCUACUGCAUCUGCAAAAUGAGUUUCUUCAGCGGGAUGCUGCUCCUCCUGUCCAUCAGCAUCGACAGGUACUUCGCCAUCGUCCAGGCAGCCUCAGCCCAUCGCCUGCGUCCCCGCAUGAUAUUCAUCAGCAAGGUGACCUGCGGCCUCAUCUGGCUCCUGGCCUUCAUCCUCUCCAUCCCUGAGCUGGUUCACAGUGGUGUGAACAACUCAGAGAGCAAUCCCCGGUGUUCCAUCAUUGCUAAUGACUUGCAGACCUUCAACACCAGCAUCAAAGUGUCCCAAAUGGUGUUUGGCUUCUUAAUUCCCCUGCUGGUCAUGUCUUUCUGCUACCUCAUCAUCAUCAAAACGUUACUCCAGGCCCGCAACUUUGAGAAGAACAAAGCCAUCAAGGUCAUCAUCGCCGUGGUCAUCGUCUUUGUCGUCUUCCAGCUGCCCUACAACGGAGUCAUGCUGGCCAAGACCAUCUCAGUCUUCAACCAGACCAGCUCAUGUGAGGAGAGCAAGAAGCUGGACGUGGCAGAUGACGUGACCUACACCCUGGCCUGCUUCCGAUGCUGCCUCAACCCGUUCCUCUACGCCUUCAUCGGCGUCAAAUUCCGCACCGACCUCUUCAAGCUGCUGAAGGAGCUGGGCUGCCUGAGCCAGGAGCGCCUCUGGCAGCUCACCUCCUGCCGCGACAGCAAGAGGACCUCCUUCGCCAUGGAGACAGAGACAACCACCACCUUCUCCCCGUGA